AUGGAUCGCGGCUACCCACGCCGACGCGAAGGAGGCGCCGGCUUCGGCGUCAGCGGGCUAAGCGGUGGUGGUGACUUCAGUGCUGGCUUUGACGGUUCUCCGGCCAAUGGACCGGGCGGCCCACGGCGGCGCUUUCGUAGCGAUUUUGAUCCGGAGGAAUACGCGCCACGCCGAAAACUCCACGGCCAGCGUCCGGUGGACUUCUACUCGCCAGCCAUCCAGCACGUCCUCACCCGCCUGGUGCCACGCAGCACGCCGUACAGUUACCACGUCGCACCGCAUGAAUACCACACCAAAGACCUUGUCACAGCGAGUGUAACCAACUACAACGCUAGCACAGCGCUGUGCACGCAGUGGGUGAACACCUCGUACCACCCAGAUAGCAAGGGCGGCCGCAUCCGCACCCCACUCUACGCCUUGCAGUGGUCGGCGAGUGGGCGCCGUCUGCUCUGCUCCACCGGUCGCGGUGAGUUUCUGCUGUUCAAUGGGCAGUCCUUUGGUGUGGAGGUGAAGACUGUGGCUCACGAGGACAACCGGCCGUGCCGCGCCAUUGCGUGGGGCCGUCGCCAUGACCUCAUCCUCAGCGGCGAUGACGCCGGCAGGCUCAAGAUGUGGAUGUCUAACUUCGUGUUCAUGUCAGAGGUUGACACAAGCCACCGCGCCGUGCGCGAGAUCUCGUGGGCGCCUCUGGAGCUGAAGUUUUGCACCGCUGGCCAGGAUGGGUCGGCGAAGGUGUGGGACACGAACACGGUUGGCGCACACACUGCCACUACCGAGGCGAACGAAGGUAAUCAGGCUGUGCUGGAGGAGGUGAAGCUUGAGGGCCACGGCGGUGAUGUGACGACAGCACACUGGCACCCCUAUCGAGCCCUCAUCGCCACCGGCAGCCAAGACACACAGUGUCGACUGUGGGAUCCCCGCACAGCCUCUCGCGGCAGCAUUGCAGCCUUGCACGGCCACAGCCAGGCGCUGACAUGUGUUCGGUGGCACCCAGAUGGACGGACGUUGCUGAGCGCGUCGAAGGACGGGACGAUUAAGCUGUGGGAUAUCCGCAAGACACAACCGGAAGUAAAGCGCUUCACCGGGCACCUGGACGCUGUGGACAAGGUUGACUGGCACCCGACGGUGUCGGACCUGUUUGCGAGCACAGGGGCAGAUGGAAGCGUGAUGUACUGGAUGGUAGCUGAGGGCGACGGCACCGUGACCCAUGGCGUGGAGGAGGUCAUUCACGAAGCAGCGAUCAUCGAGGCGGCGCAUGAUAAGUUCCGCGACAAGCCGAAUCCAGUGCACUGUGUCGCUUGGUCUCCUCUAGGCAACAUCCUCGUGUCUAGCGGCCACGAGGUCAAGUACUGGACGCGCAACAAGCCAGGCGCACUGGAGGAGAAGGAGCGCGGUGUGGAGAGCGACAUUCUGGACGAGCAAAGUCACGCAAUGGCGUGA